AUGAUCGGGCGCAUGCGAGAAGGCAUGAGCAACCUGAGGAAGAAGGAUACGCCCCUCGAGGCUCAGCUGAAAGAGGCAACAUCCCGAGAGAACUGGGGAGUGCCCAACACCACGUUGCAGGCGAUUGCACAUGCGACACAAAAUAUGGAAGACAAUGAUGUCAUCAUGGCUUUCCUGUGGAAGGUUCUGCAGGAGAAGAAGGACAAAGAAUGGCGUCGGAUCGUCAAGGCCCUUGCCUUGAUCGAGAUGAUCCUGAAGCACGGCAGCGAACGAGCGAUCCAGGACAUUCGAAGAGAUGCCUGGCGGAUCCAGCAGUGGAAAGAAUUCCGCUAUAUGGAGGAGGGCAAGGACGUGGGAUCUGGAAUCCGUUCCAAGGCCAGCUCCAUCCUGGAGAUGCUGUCGGAUGAGGAGCUCCUGAACGAGGAGAAGGAGAAGGCGGAGAACCUCAAGAAGAAGAUGAGUGUUGCCGGUGUCGGUGGCAGCGCAGCCAAUGUGGCAGAGAGCGGUGGCUCUGGGUCCGCCUUCAAGUCUCCCUUUGACCGGGACCGUCGGCCUUGGAGAAGAAAGAAGCAGCCCGAGGAAAGUCCACAGUCGAGCCCCUCAUCGCCGGGUUUCCACGGCGCAGGUCGUGGUAUGCAUUCAGAGCACGAGACCGCUCAAAUGGUCUCGCAGUUCAUGAGUGUCACCAACGCAUCCAGGAUGGCGGCCAAGGAAGCCUUGGAAAGACACAACUGGGACCUGCACACUGCCGUGAUGCAGUAUUUGGCCUCUGAGAGCAGUACUCAACCGCCGUCGAGUGCCAAGCCUGGUUGGACUGAGAGAAAGUCCAGGGUAGACUCCAUUGUCUCCAUCACAAAGGUGAGUGAAAGGGUGGCUGAGGAGUACCUGGAGAAGGCCAAUUGGAAUGUGGAAGCCGCACUGGACAAGGUGUUGGAAGACAACCCAGCAGGUUCAGCUCCCAAGUCCACGCCAAGCAAGCCGAGCGCCGCGCCAAAGGCGUCUGCUCAAAGUAGUAGCAGUUCAGAUUCAGAAGAAAGUUAUUCUGAAGAAUCCGAGGAAGAGGAAGCCCCUCGAAAGGGCGGCAAAGGAUGGCCUCAAAAUGGCCAGAAUGGCUGGCCGAACUCCGGCACGUCCGGCAAAGGUGGGCUAGGCCCAGCGCCCUGUGGGCCUGGUGGGCCUGGUGGCGCUUGGCCCGACAGUGGUGGAGGUGGCGGAGCUUGGCCAGGCGCCUCCUCGCCAUUUGGCUCGGCUGGACCUUCCAGCAAUGGUUGGGCGUCGAAGGGCGCAGGCCCAGGCGGCCCAGGCCCAGGUGGCCCAGGCGGUUCAGGUGGCCCAGGUGGCCCCGGACCCAGCGGAUGGCCAAACAAAGGCGGUCCAGGUGGCGGCUUCGGCAAGGGAGGACCUGGCCCCAAAGGUGGCGAUCCUUUUGGCUCACAGGCCUCUGCACCUUGGGGAUCCAGGCGUCGAAGCUGGGGCUUGGGUGAACCUCUGGGAUGGACAGUUUGGGGAUGCAACAGGCCCCCGGUGGCCCACCUGGCAAAGGUGGAGGCAACCCUUUUGGUGGCGGAUUCGGCAGCCAGGCACCUCAACCUCCCCAGAGUGGCAGCUUUGGGCCUCCUGGAAAAGGAGGCCCCAGCCCGUUUGACAGUUCGAGUGGCUUUGGAAAGGGCGGUGCUAAGGGCCCCGGACCUCAAGGAGGACCACCAUGGGGCGCACCCAAAGGAGGCCCUGGCCCUGGAGGUUUUGGUGGCCCUGGCGGCCCUGGUGGCCCUGGCGGCCCUGGUGGCCCUGGCGGCCCUGGCGGCCCUGGCUUUGGGUCUGGCCACCUUCGUGAGCUGGGUCAAAGGCAGCCACCAAUGGCAAGAACCGAACAUAUGUCUGGUGGUGGCUGGCCAGGCACCAGCCUUGGAGCUAAGAAUGAGCGCCAUUUUGAAGGCCCACCAGGCCCAGGUGGCCCAGGACCACGCCCCGGCUUCGGAAGUUUAG